GGAAUUCAUUGCCGGUACUGGUAGAACGUCUACGCGAGGCGCUCGAGUUGUCCCUGGCAGCGGGUUGCCGGCGAGGCAGCGACGAGCCGACGGCGACGUCGCACGGUGUCCCCGGUGUCAACGUCGGCAUCGGCGACCGAUCCUGCGCGCGCCGUUCUAUGGAACAGGUGCUACUUGGCAGCGACCACGACGUGCUGCCCGUGUCGAGGAAGGACGAGCUCAAGUUCCUGGAGGAUUUGCUGCUGUCGGACAUCCAGACCGCGCUCUCUCGUUUGCGCGAGACGCUCGAACGCACGGAUAUCGCGACGCUCACCAAGUACGGCGGAGUAUCGGAUCCCACGAGUAAGCUACAUCUCUUGCGAUUGGUAUCGAGCCUGUUGUCGCGGCUACAGGUGCCGGCGGAAGAGAAGGAAUCGAGUAGCAGCGAGAGCGACAGCAAGACGAUCGUGAGACAGGGUGGCAACGGCGGUGCGCUACCCGGACGAAGACGACGACCUGCCAGACACACUAUCGGCGUCUCCACCGAAGAGAUCGCACACGCGAGGAGGCAGCUGGAGGAGAAUAGUACGAACCUAGCAAGAUUGAACGACCAGGUGUUUCAGAUUGAACGACCUGAACCAUUGUUGUCCGCGUCGCGUAACGUGACGAGCGGCGAAAGACCACACGUGGAAGAGAUCCACGACAAAUACACGAAGGACGUGAUUAAUCAGCGUCAAUCGUUGCGUGACAGGAAUAAGGAUACGUGUGAAUAUCGACCAUCGAUCCCGCCACCGGGUGGUUACGUGGAUCGGCCGGCAGUUGCGCUUAGAACGACGGAUGAAUCGAAUACACGGCAGAUUCAACAUCGGGACAACGUCAACGAUUACCAGGAGAAGGUGAGCGACAACGAGGAGACCGCGAUCAAGAAGGCCCUCGAGGAGCAGAGUCAAGUGACGAAACUCGCGGCGGCGCUUCGGCAACGCGCAGAACUGAUUAGCGCCAGCAAAUGCAAUAACAGCAGCAACAAGUUUGCAGCGAAAAAGUCGAAGAUCAAGCGCGCCAAUACCAUCGACAUCCCGAGCUAUCUGAAGUUACAGGCCGACAGUCUCGGUUACGACAAUCCCGGCUGCGUAGUGCUGCGACGUCCCAUCAACGUUGGCGACAAAAUUACUACGAACGCAUCCAAUCUUGGCGUGCCAUCGUUCCACCCGAAAACGGAGAAUGACAAGAAGUUCCUGGCGUUGAUCAGCCGAAACAACGAGGCGCAGACAACGUACAACACUGCACCUGCCUUUGUCAAAUCCUUCGGUUGUAUCAAGGCGACAGACAUGUCAGCGCAGGCGAACAAGAACUGGAACAGCCGAUUUUCGAACAUCAAGACCGCUUUCGAUAAGCCUUCGUCUACGAACGACGUCGACAAGUUAUCACCAAGACUGCAAAACAUCACAAAACGCUUCGCAAAUACUCCUCAAACGUCUCCUCAGAAUCCGAUGAACAAAACGAUGCCGAGCAUUGGCGGCACGACAAAUAACAGCUUGUCGUUCGCGAAAGUAAACGUGCCGCAGUCAGACGCGGGCUUCAGACACGCGCCUUCAUCGCUGUUUCGGAAGAUUGAGAAGCCGUGUGUACCAAAGUCUCCGCUCGGCCAUCACUGGCAAAGAGACAACGCACUACCGCCCGGAAGCUCCUUGCGCGAGAAAGCCAAGAUGUUCGACCGAAACGGUAAUCAAUUCCAACCGCCGCCGUUCAACGUGAACGAGAAUACCCAGAAAUCCGCUUUUCCUCGACCACCAUGGAUCGAACAUGACAGAAACGAGAACAAAUCGAAUAAGAUGGUCACCGAGAACGGACGGCUCGAUUAUCGAUUGUUCUGCAAGCAGUUCGCGCCCUUUGUCGGCAAGAACACUGUCCCGGAAGCCAAAUGCAUCGAAGAUUCUCGCAGACGCAACGAACACUCGAACGCCCAUCGCAAGGACUUGGCGCUAUUGAACGAGAAGUUUGGCGUGGUGGAUGGGAAAAUUUCCUUCAGGAUGUUUCCAGAGAAAGGAUCGCAACUCCAGUAUCGCCCAAACCAGCCACAUCAUAUGAUUGAGGAAUCGAUUCGGGACAAAUCUGAUUCUCAUAGUGAGAAGAAUGUCUUUGAACCACUAGUCACAGUGCGCAAUGAUAAGAACUCAGCCGGAACCACAUUCGCGGGCAACGCACCGAUUGAUGCGAUGUUCAGAGGUAGCGCGUCUGUGGCCAUACAGACCGGUCUUGACGAUAACAGUCAUCCUGAGGAGGCACGAGUGUUUCGAGUGACUCCUAAAGUCGCAAAGGGACCACCGUCUACAUACAGUAACGUGUCUGUUCAAACUUACAACGAACCGGAAGUAGAAGCCAAACAACAUUGGACGACUCCUCAAUAUAAUGACGCUGUUCCGGCAUCAGACUUGAGUUAUCAUUCUACCGGGGAUUCGAGUCACUUUGUCUUGGAUCACAAUCGAAAUUAUGCCGUGACGACUAACAUCGCUUCGAGCAACGAGACGCUACCUUCAACAAACAAGAAUACUUGUGAACUUGUCAAGAAAGACACCGUUUGCGCGCCGUAUUCGACGGAGAAGGUCCCCUUUUCAGCAACUUCCGAUCAUCAAGAACAGCAAGAAUUAAACUUCCGAACGAGUCCGCGAUGUGAAAAUUAUUUCUCGCCUAAAUCAGCGAUUGAUAAUCAAUCGCCAAUAUAUCCGACUUAUAUCCCGUACGUUAAAUCUAAUAAGGAUCUGUUUGAGGAUCAGAUCCCAAACGUGUCGCAUGAGAUCGACAAGGAAAAUUUCCUGUGUACGAGUGACAGCGCUUUGCCAGAGGAACAGAAUAUCCAAAAUCAGGAUAUCAGUGCGGAUACCGGCGUCGUUACACGGUACACUUGCGCGAUCGCGACUGUUGCAUCUAAGGACGUUCCAAAGACACGCGUCGACGAAACUAGACCGGAAUCUGGAAUGUCAUCAUCUGGAAUAUCCUUCUCCUCGUCACCUUCACAGCUCUGGCCGUAUCCCAAAUUAACCAAUAGCGAGACCACCACUACCGAAGACGAAAUACGUCGACACAACUUGCUACAACAGAGCCUGGUCCGACAGUUGCAAAACGAGCGAGUGAUGUUGAACGAUUAUCAUGCGCCUGUCAUCAACCAAUCUGGCAAUUUUAAUCAGUCUAGUUUUCAAUCUAACAGUUUUAAUCAGUCUCUAAGGUUCCAACCGGUCGAAGUACCGAAAAGCCCGGAACCGCCGAAGAGACCGGAACUGCCGAAAAAACCGGAACCACCGAAAAGGUCGGAACUGCCGAGGAGGUUGGAACCUUCGAGGAAAUUGGAACCGUCAAGGAAGUUGGAACUGCCAAAGAAAUUGGAGACACCAAGAAGGGUGGAAUCGUCAAGAAAAUUACAGCCUCCAGCGGUUGUCACUGGUUUACUGUCAGUAGCACCAUCCUCCGGAUUCAGCGCGAAGAAUCGGAUUACCGCUCUCAGAGAACAGUAUGAACAACCAGACGGUCAAUCAAGAUCCAUACAAAAGGAACACUCGCCAAUCCCGAACGGCACGAGCAGCGCAAUGGAUUCCAGCGACAAGUAUCUCGUGUCCUGCACCAACAGACCGUCUAGAUCCAUUGUCUUGUCGAAGUCUGAAUCAUGGCAUCAACUGGCACUCUCGAAGAGUCAUCAAGCUCCGUCACGUCCAGUACAGAAUAACUUACCACCGCAAUAUCUCGCUAGCACCGGGUCAUACCUUCCCAAACCACCCAAGCCAAAGUCACCAUCGUCCUUUAAGAUGAGAAAGCAAUACGAGGCAUCCUCGUCCUUGGAUAGCGUGAAAAAGAUGGAGGACAAAAUACGCAGGUAUUUCGAUAAUCCGGCAAACGACGGUGCCACGGAGACGAAGGAUUCCAAGGGUAGACGUUUCUCGUCCCGCGACUCGGUAAAAAAAGGUCUUGUUGGUCUAUCCAGAAGUCGCACUAUGCCAGGAAUAUGCGAGGAGAAUCUGCGUCUAACGAUCCCUGUAGUGCCACAGAUUUCCGUAGCGAGCCUCAAUAGUGCCGACGUGGACAAAGUGUUCGAUGACAUCUUUGAAGAGGCCACCAGGACUGAUGACCAUUUCUGAUCAACUGAUUCUCAUCGUCAUAAGACGUCGGCGUGAAGUUCACUUGGGAGACUUGGUGACGGUAAAAGUGGUGUCCGUUCGGGAUUUUUACGAGUAAUUUUUCCAGAGCCGACGAUAUUUCGCGCUGUAUUUGAACAUCGUGAUAAGAAUAACGAUUCUUAUACGAUCACCAUUAAUUUCAUCACAAAUAUGCAACAUAAUUGAUUGAUAACAUGGAUCGUUAAACUGUGAUCUUGUCUAUUUUAAUUCGCAUAGCCUGCCGUUGACGGUUGUAAUUAUUCAGAACGCGUCGUUACAUAGACGGUUAAUUCUAAUCAGAUUAUUUAUGUUAGAAAUUUGCAAUUAUUGUUGGUCACUUAUUUCCACAACAUUAUUUCUGUAAACAUUAACUAAGAUUCGGGAUUAACUGAGAUUUAACGGUUCCUUUACUUCCCUGCAAGUUGACUACAGUGUUAUGAGAAUAGUCUACAGUAUCUUCUUUUUAAUAAAAAAAUCUAGUAUCAUUUAUCUAACUGCAUUUUGUACAAAACGCUACGUGUUUCAAUCUACAAAUUAUACGUUAAUUAUUACAAAUUAUUACGUUAAUGAGUUUGAAAUCUAAUCUAAUUUGCUGCGCCUAAUUCCCGCGGUCGCUUAGAUUGCUCUAGAUUUGAAAUUUGUAUCGAGAUCGAAGUUCUGUUCGUACUAGAUAGCUUGCAAUAUUAGAAUAGAUCUAACAGAUCUGAUUAGAAACCACAACUUCGAGGGACGAAAGCAUUUCACGAUGUCCGUCUCGACACGAAGCUCUUUGCGAAAGCAGCACGUUUCUUGCAAUCACGGCGGAAUCGACGUCGAUACCUGGUCCUCGUCCAUUAUGAGAGACGGUAGUGCAGAUCGAUUCAACGAUUAUCGC